AGCCCGAGAACAGUUUAACACCGGUUGUCGGCCGGUUGACUGCUCCGUCUCUCGAGCCGGUUGCUCGGUAGAGGAAAGACACCGUGUUAUCGAAAACUGGCGACAGUCGUUGGAACCGUCAACGUAUUUUUGCGUCAUGGACUCGUAGCCAGCGCGGAAAAGCGACCUUGAGGCUGGACGUUUCGUGAGUGGUGAUUAAAACUCCUCGAUCGAGCCAGUCAAUUGUCGAGGAAAUUGGUAAAUUGGUCGCCGAGGAAGUUCUGAGGCAGGCUGGAUCGCUCCUUUGAGGCAAACCAGUUUACAAUUCCGCGAAAUACCGGCGGGAUGACAGCGAUUCGCGGAAUAGCGUCGUGCGUCUGCCUGAUAGUGUUCGUUGUUGGCCACGUGGCUGCAGCUGCAGCUCCGCCACACAUUGUAUUCAUCUUGGCCGACGACUUGGGAUGGAACGACGUGGGAUUUCACGGCUCGGGACAGAUCCCGACGCCGAAUAUCGACGCCCUGGCGUACUCGGGGUUGCUGUUGGACUGGUAUUACGUCACGCCGAUUUGCACACCGUCCAGGAGCGCUCUGAUGACCGGCAAGCAUCCAAUUCACACAGGAAUGCAGCACGGGGUUCUAAAGUGCGCCGAGCCGAGAGGGCUACCUCUUCACGAGAAACUUCUGCCGGAAUAUCUUCGAGAACUCGGAUACAGCACGCACAUCGUGGGCAAGUGGCAUCUGGGAUUCUACACGAAAGAGUACACGCCAACGUACAGGGGAUUCGACUCGCACCUCGGCCUCUGGAGCGGCCACCAUGAUUACUUUGAUCAUAGCGCCGUGGAAAGCCCAUAUUGGGGACUGGACAUGAGGAGGGGACUGGACCCAGCCUGGGAUCUCCACGGUCAAUAUUCGACGGACGUUUUCACGAAGGAGGCAGUGAGACUGAUUGACAAUCACAACACCAGCCGUCCAAUGUUCCUCUAUCUAGCUCACGCGGCCGUGCACUCCGGUAAUCCUUACAACCCUCUGCCAGCGCCUGACCAAGAUGUCUCCAAGUUCACCACUAUCUUCAACUACGACCGUAGACGAUUCGCUGGUAUGCUGAGCAAGCUGGACGAGUCGGUUGGCCACGUGGUCGAGGCGCUUCGCAAGAGGGGGAUGUUGAAGAACAGCAUAAUCGUGUUCUCCACGGAUAAUGGCGGGCCACCGGCCGGUUUCAAUCUAAACGCCGCUUCGAAUUGGCCACUGAGGGGCACAAAACACACUCUCUGGGAAGGAGGCGUUAGGGGAGCCGGUUUGAUAUGGUCGCCGAGAUUAGUGCGACCUGGCAGAGUCAGUAGACAAUUGUUGCACAUCAGCGACUGGUUACCAACGCUGGUAACAGCUGCCGGUGGAAAUCCGUCCAACUUGAGCAUCGACGGCUUGGAUUUGUGGUACGCGUUGAGCGAGGACACCGAGUCGCCUCGAAAAAUGGUUCUUCACAAUAUAGAUGACAUUUUCGGCGUGGCAGGGAUCACGUACGGAGACUGGAAAUACAUUCAGGGGUCCACUUAUAACGGGCAAUGGGACGGUUGGUACGGUCCAUCCGGAAGGGAAUGGGUCUACGACGUCGGAGGCGUGAUUGGUAGCACGGUUGGUCGAGCAGUGGCUAGCAUAGGCCUGUCUCUCUCCGCAGACAGUAUUCGCGCCCUUCGAGAGGAUGCCAUGAUCAAGUGUCCUCCGAGGAAUGACAGUUUACCACUGUGCAGACCGCUGCAGGCGCCUUGUCUGUUCAAUGUUCGAGAGGAUCCUUGCGAGGAUAAUAAUCUGAUAAACAAGUAUCCUUCGCUCGCGUCCGAGCUACGAGAGAGGUUGCGCAAGUUAAACGCCACCGCGAUACUACCGGGAAAUCUUCCGUGGGACAGCAGAGCAAAUCCAGACUAUUGGGACCACACGUGGACUAAUUUCGGCGACUAUUUGAACGUAUUCGCGAAUAAUGUCAGCUGAUGUGGACGCAAACAGAAGGAAGAGACGAGACAAAGGAGCAAAGUUUAUUAGAGUACGUUGGUAUCUUUGCACACGUCUUUGUACACGCAGGACUGCGAGGAAAAGAAUCUUUAUUAAACGUGUUGACUUUCUCUUGU